UUUUCCACCGUCACGGCUCCUCCCACCUCAUCAUCACUCUCCAUUUCUCUCCCUAAUCAUUAGACCCAAAAAGGCGAGCAGAGCUAGAAGAAGACCAAGCCAGAACGAGUGGAGUGAUCGGAGUAGUGUUAGGGUUAGGGUUAGGGCGAUGCCUUGCUCUGCGGUCAGCGGCGGUGGUAGUGACGCUAAUGGUUCUCUGCGUAACUUCAAGCUCAACGAGUCAACGUUCUUAGCCUCGCUCAUGCCGAAGAAGGAGAUCGCCGCCGAUCGGUUCAUCGAGGCUCAUCCGAACUACGACGGCCGCGGCGUCGUUAUCGCCAUCUUCGAUUCUGGAGUGGAUCCAGCUGCUGCUGGAUUACAGGUUACGUCGGACGGAAAGCCGAAAAUUCUAGAUGUUCUUGACUGCUCUGGGAGUGGAGAUGUUGAUACUUCUAAGGUUGUGAAGGCUGACGAGAACGGUUGCAUACCUGGAGCUUCAGGGGCAUCUCUGCACGUUAACCCUUCUUGGAAAAAUCCUUCUGGUGAAUGGCACGUGGGUUAUAAGUUGGUUUAUGAGCUAUUUACUGGCACACUGACUUCUCGCUUGAAGAGAGAAAGAAGGAAAAAAUGGGACGAACAAAACCAAGAGGAAAUUGCUAAGGCUGUUAAGCAUCUUCAUGAAUUCGACCAGAAACACAGUAGAGCAGAGGAGGCUAACUUGAAAAGGGCACGAGAAGACCUGCAAAACAGAGUUGAUUACCUACAAAAGCAAGCUGAGAGCUAUGAUGAUAAAGGGCCUGUCAUAGAUGCUGUUGUAUGGCAUGAUGGAGAAGUAUGGAGGGUUGCCAUUGAUACACAGACUCUUGAAGAUGGCCCUGAUUGUGGAAAACUCGCCGACUUCGUGCCCCUAACUAAUUAUAGGAUAGAACGGAAAUACGGGGUUUUCAGCAAAUUGGAUGCUUGCACGUUUGUUGUUAAUGUUUAUGAUGAAGGGAAGAUAUUGAGUAUUGUAACAGAUUGCUCUCCCCAUGGCACACAUGUUGCUGGUAUUGCUACUGCUUUCCAUGCGAAGGAGCCCCUGUUGAAUGGAGUUGCACCUGGAGCACAAGUUAUAUCUUGUAAAAUUGGGGACACACGCCUAGGUUCAAUGGAGACAGGAACUGGCCUCACUCGAGCAUUGAUUGCUGCUGUGGAGCAUAAAUGUGAUCUGAUUAACAUGAGUUAUGGAGAACCAGCAUUACUGCCAGACUAUGGGCGCUUUGUUGACCUUGUUAAUGAAGCUGUGAACAAGCACCGUCUGGUAUUUGUGAGUAGUGCUGGCAAUAGUGGCCCAGCAUUGAGCACUGUUGGAGCACCUGGUGGUACCUCAUCAAGCAUUAUAGGUGUUGGUGCAUACGUCUCUCCUGCAAUGGCUGCUGGUGCUCAUUGUGUAGUUGAAGCCCCCGGUGAAGGGCUUGAAUACACCUGGUCUAGCCGAGGACCAACUGCCGAUGGAGAUCUUGGUGUCUGUAUAAGUGCUCCUGGUGCAGCUGUUGCUCCUGUUCCUACAUGGACUCUCCAACGACGGAUGCUCAUGAAUGGAACAUCAAUGGCAUCCCCAUCUGCUUGUGGUGGAAUUGCACUACUCAUAAGUGCAUUGAAGGCUGAGGGUAUUCCGGUGAGUCCAUAUAGUGUAAGGAAGGCUCUUGAAAAUACAUCUGUUCCUGUAGGCAGUCUACCAGAAGAUAAAUUAACAACUGGGCAAGGACUUAUGCAAGUUGACAGGGCACAUGAAUACCUGAGGCAGUCUCGGGAUGUACCAUCUGUCUGGUAUCAGAUAAAGAUAAACCAAUCUGGUAAAACAACUCCUACAUCACGAGGUAUCUACUUGAGGGAGGCUAGUACUUGCCAACAAUCUACCGAGUGGACGGUGCAAGUUCAACCAAAAUUUCAUGAAGGUGCGAGUAAUUUAGAAGAAUUGGUUCCUUUUGAGGAGUGUAUUGAGUUACAUUCCACUGACAAGGCGGUUGUGAGGGCUCCUGAGUUUCUCCUUCUUACUCAUAAUGGCCGUAGCAUCAACAUAAUUGUGGAUCCUACAAACCUCAGUGAGGGGCUGCACUAUUAUGAACUAUAUGGCAUUGAUUGCAAAGCACCUUGGCGCGGCCCUCUUUUCAGAAUCCCAAUCACUAUAACAAAGCCAAUCACUGUCAUAAGUCGACCUCCACUAUAUUCAUUUUCCAGGAUGUCUUUUUUGCCAGGCCACAUAGAAAGGAGAUUUAUUGAAGUACCUCAUGGUGCCACAUGGGUUGAAGCAACUAUGCAAACAUCAGGAUUUGAUACAACACGAAAAUUCUUUGUUGACUCUGUUCAGCUUUGCCCCUUACAGAGGCCUCUUAAGUGGGAGAGUGUCGUAACAUUCUCUUCGCCUGCCGCCAAAAGCUUUUCAUUUCCUGUUGUGGGUGGUCAGACAAUGGAAUUAGCGAUAGCUCAGUUUUGGUCAAGUGGCAUUGGAAGCAAUGAAACAACUAUUGUGGAUUUUGAGAUUGUGUUUCAUGGGAUUAAUGUUAAUAAAGAGGAAUUAGUGCUUGAUGGAAGCGAAGCACCAGUAAGAAUUGAAGCUGAAGCUCUACUAGCAUCCGAGAAGCUUGCACCUACUGCUACUCUAAGCAAGAUCAGAAUUCCAUAUCGACCAGUUGCAGCUGAACUUCGUUCUCUUCCAACAGAUCGUGACAAACUACCUUCAGAAAAACGUAUUUUGGCGCUGACAUUAACUUACAAGUUCAAAUUGGAAGACGGAGCUGAAGUAAAACCUCAAGUUCCAUUACUUAACGAUCGCAUAUAUGAUACUAAAUUUGAGUCUCAGUUUUAUAUGAUCUCUGAUGCAAACAAGCGUGUAUAUGCAACGGGUGAAGCUUAUCCAAGCUCUUCAAAACUGCCCAAAGGCGAAUACACUUUACGGCUAUAUCUUAGGCACGACAACAUGCAAUAUCUGGAAAAAUUGAAGCAGCUGGUUUUGUUCAUUGAAAGAAAAUUGGAAGAGAAGGAUGUAAUGCGCUUGAGUUUUUUCUCCCAACCGGAUGGCCCUGUGAUGGGAAAUGGUGCUUAUAAGUCCUCAGUUUUAGUUCCAGGGAAAAAAGAAGCAAUCUAUUUGGGCCCACCAUCCAAAGACAAGCUCCCAAAGUUUUCACUGCAAGGAUCUGUUUUACUUGGAGCUAUCUCCUAUGGGAAGUUAUCUUAUGUUAAAAAAGGAGAAGGAAAAGAUCCGAAAAAGAACCCUGUGUCGUAUCAGAUUUCUUAUAUUGUGCCACCAAAUAAGAUGGAUGAAGACAAAGGAAAAGGUUCUUCUACUACCACCAAAGCUGUCUCUGAACGUUUACAAGAUGAGGUUCGAGAUGCGAAGAUUAAAGUUCUUACAAGCCUCAAACAAGACAAUGAUGAAGAACGCUCAGAGUGGAAAAAGUUAUCUACCUCUCUUAAGUCUGAAUACCCACAACACACCCCACUGCUUGCAAAGAUUUUGGAAGGUUUGCUUUCUCGAAACAAUAUCGAGGACAAAGUCUGUCAUGACAAAGAGGUUAUUGAUGCAGCAAAUGAGGUUGUUGAUAGUAUCGACAGAGAUGAGCUAGCAAAAUUCUUUUCACUUAGAAGUGAUCCCGAAGAUGAGGAAGCAGAGAAAAUGAAAAAGAAGAUGGAAACCACUCGUGAUCAGUUAGCAGAGGCAUUGUACCAGAAAGGAAUAGCACUGGCAGAUAUGUUGUCUUUGCAGGUUUGAAUAGUUACUGUUGAUUCUGGACCAGGCUCUGGUGUCCUGCUUGAACACUUUGAAGAUACUUUUAAAGAACUUCAAAAAUGGGUUGAAGUGAAAUCCUCUAAAUACGGAAUCCUCACAGUGACACGCGAGAAACAUCAUGGAAGGCUUGGAACAGCACUGAAGGUCUUGAAUGACAUUAUUCAAGAGAAUACGGAGCCUCCAAAGAAGAAGCUUUACGAAGAAAAACUGGAUCUGCUCGAAGAGAUUGGGUGGCAGCAUUUGGUGACAUAUGAGAAACAAUGGAUGCAUGUGCGUUUUCCACCUAGUUUACCUCUGUUUUAGAAUUGCUCAACUUUGUUCUUUUAGAUGUUCAAACUGUUCAUUCCAAGGAAAAGAAUAAUGAAUAAAAGGCAUCCAAAAUUCGGAACCGACAGACUGAGACCUGUGAGCUUAUAAAAAGCUACCUCAUAAUUCAUGUCAGCACAGGAAAAGAAGCUUACGAGGUUAAUUUGGCACUUGUUUCCCGCCUUGAAGGACUGCCUCCUCUCCCCAACUUCCUCCCCAGGAAUUCUGCAUUUUCCGGUACCCAAUAUUGACCACACUGUCUUAGUCGUCGGAUUUGGAGAAGAUGAAAAUGGUGUUUUUAAAAAAAAAAAAAUAUAAAAAUCAACCAAAUCAUUCUCUCAAAUCCCACGACUAACGGUGUGGUCGUGGCCACCCUAGCUUUAACAAUCAAUUAAGCCACCCUAAGCUUAGGCUGAGAAAACAAUGAGCAAUGUCAUAGAAGACAUCCCUAAGCUUUGGAGUAGAGACUUAGAGAACCCAUAUGUAUAUUGUUUAAUGAUCUGGGCAGAAGGCUUGUCAUUUAUAUAGGGGAGAGCCUUGGUUUCGGAUUCUCGAUCUAGGGCAAUGGCGCCUGGUAGUUCACUCAUGCAUGACGCGAAGGGUCUGGAAUUAAUAUAUGCAUGUCUAGUCUUCGCAUGCAAGGUUG